AUGACGACCAAAACCAGAACCACCGCUACCAACACCGCCACCAGCAACAGCAACAACAGCAACAACAACGAUAGCAGCAGCCCGCGGCAGAACAGGACCGACCUGCUGCAGCCCGAGUUCGCCCCGCACGCACCCGUGCAGCGUCUGGGCCAAGACUUGCUGCACGGCCCCGCGCUGCACGAUCACAUCGUGGUUAUCCUCGGAGUGGGGCCGGGGUUGGGCAUCUCGAUCGCCCAGGUGUUUGCCGCUCGUGGGUACACGACAGCCAUCCUGUCUCGCAGCAAGCAGCGCCUCGAAGCGUGGGCCGACUCGCUGCACGAUACCGCGCUCGCUUUCCGCCGCGAGAACAGCCUUGCAGCGCAAGCCGACGAGAGGCUGUCGGCUGCAUUUGAGUGCGAUGCGCUCGACAACGAGUCUAUCACCAAAGCGAUUCAGAACGUGUGCGACUAUUGGCCGACCAAGAAGCUGGGCACCGCCUGCUACAAUGCGUCUAUCCGAAAGAGAGGGCCGUUUCUGCAGCAGAGGCUCGACCAGAUCCAGCAAGGUGUACAGGGAUCCAUCCUGGCCGGCUUCACGUUUGCUCAGGCGACAUUGAGCAAGUUCGAGGAGCACGAUCAGGGUGGAAACCUGAUCGUGACGGGCGCUACGUCUUCGACCCGUGGCAGGGAGGGGUUCGCUGGGUUCGCUGCCAGCAAGUCUGGUCUGCGAGCGCUGUGUCAGGCGGUAGCAAGAGAGUACGGACCGAAAAACGUCCAUGUCAGCCACGUCAUCGUCGACGGCCUCAUCGAAUCCGACGCCGCCCUCGACUUCCUCGGCAUGCCCAAAGGCAGUCGCUUCCCCGACGGAUCCGCCCUGCUACCCCCGCAAAUGGCAAAGACUUGGCUCUUCCUCGCUCAGCAACAUCCUUCCGCGUGGACCUUCGAGAUGGACCUGCGCCCAGCUCGUGAGCACUGGUAA